AUGAAAACGUGCCCAAGAAGUCGAAAUGUAUUCAUUUUGGACAAUCCUUUGCAAUUUAAGUUGAAAGAUGAAGAUUAUCUUAAGCAAAACAGCAAUGGUGAUACAGUUUUGCAUUUAAUUUUAUUAAACCAAAACUUAAAACUUCAAGCUAAGAAGAAAUAUUUGAGAAAAUUAUCAGAAGACUUCCCUGAACGUUUACUUGUUAAAAAUAAUUUCCAACAUCUGCCUUUACAUGUUGCAGCAAUUACUGAUACUUACGGACAACGUUUGUAUCGCCAUCUUCUUGAUUUGACGAUUGAGGCGAGUGGACAUCCUGAAAUUUUCUAUGAAGAUAUGGAAGUUGCUGUGAAAUGUUUAGAGAUGGCAAUUAUGAAUAAUCAAGGAUUGUCUGAGGAGUAUUUGAGGAACUUCUUAAAGGUCGUUGAGUCACAUGGCCAUCGAUUGCUAAUCGAAAUGAUUAAACAUAGUCAACAACUUAAAGGAAUUCGAUCAAUUCUUUUGUUGGGGGUUUCAAUAAAUCCGAACCAGUUUUAUGGCGGACAAAACGCAUUCUUAGCAGCUGUUCGAUAUGACGUCUCUCAUUUUUAUCAAUCACACAAUGAAAGUUACAGCAAAUUGAAAUUAUUAUUGAACCAUCAUCCGAUUGAAGAUCCCAACGCUUGUGACGAGACUAAAACUUCUUUAUUUAUGUACAUUGUUGGCUUCACUCGUGACAAUGAACUUGUGAAGUCUUUAAUUAAUUUGGGAGCUGAUUGUAAAGCCAGAAAUUCUGAAAAUCUUUCAUGUCUUCACUUCGCUGCAAGAAACAAGAAAAAUGAAGAAAUUUUGAAUAUUCUUCUUCAAAAUGGAGCUGAUCCAUCAAUAUUGUCUGACAAGAAUGAAUUAGCCAUUGAUUUUGCUAUCAAAAAUGAUAUUCUUCACGCUGUCAAAAGUUUGAUUUCAUUUGUAACAGUCGAUGAUUUGAAAAGAAAAAGCUUGAUUCAAUCUUGCACUCAUUCAUAUUUGCCUGAAGUUUAUAAUUUAAUUUGGAAUUUGUACGAUUUUCAUCAUAUCGAUGUUGAUAUUAAUGCGAUUAAUGAAAAUGGCGACAGCUUCGUGAUGUCUUUAAUGGACAAAUUUAACUUCAAACAGCUUGAAACUGUUUUAAAGGAAAGAUUUGAUGAUAUCAACUUCGAUUUAAUUAAUUCUAAUGGAGAAACAUUCACUCAUCACUUAGUUCUUCAUUCUUCUCAAAUCCACGAGAUUUCUCAGCUUUUUAAGGACUUUCCACUUCUAAUUGAUAUUGUUAACAAGCAAAUCAACAUUGCUGACAAAGAAAAUCAUUUACCAAUGGACAGAUAUUUUUUCUGUUUUCAAACUGAGUGUGUUGAUGAGCUUUGUCGAAAUGAAUUCCUUAAAUAUUUAACAAAAGAAAAUUUUCAACAAAACAUGCACAAAUUUAUUGACGGCGUUCUGUCACUUCAAAACGUGAUUGAAUUAUAUCCACACAUCUUUGAUGAAUUAAAUUCUAAUCAAAGUUUCGUUAUUCUUGACAAAUUAAGCUGCAACAUUAAAGCAUUUGAGAUUGUAAUUGAGAAGUUUUCAGAUAAACUUCCCGACAUUAAAGCACUUGAUGGUGGAAAUAUUCUUCAUUUCAUUUGCGAGAAAAAUAAUUCUGAAUUCAUUGAUUUGGUUUGUAAAUCACUUUCUGAGAUUUCCAUAAAAAAGUUGAGUAAUGAAACAAAUGUGAAUGGUAAGAAGCCAAUUGAACUUUUAAAUGAACAAAAUUUAACAAUUUUUUCAUUAAAUUUUGAUUGUCGUUAA